GGGAGGGGCGGCCUCCGCUGCCUCGCGGGGGGGGGGGGGGCGUUGGGGUCUGGCCGCCUCCCUGUCCACUCGCCCUCGCGGCCCCGCACCUGCUGAGCUGGCAGCGGCUGGGUCCCUCCUCCCGCCCGCGGCCCCCCUGCCAGCCCCUCGGUCCCUCCUCCGGAGCCGGGCAGCGGCUGCAACCAGUCGCAGCUUUGCAAAACUUUUGAGCGGAGCCGGCUGCGGCGCCCACGCCGGGCAGACCAGACCAGACCGCGGCCGAAGACCUCGACCCUUUGCCCUGCCAGGCGCCCGGGCGGCGCCGACCACGGGGACUAGCCAGAUGCUGUUUUGACACUUGAUGCACCCAUCCAGUGUAGAAUUCAUUUAUCCAGAACAGUGGCUCCGAACAUUUCUGGUUUCUUGCUAAGCCGGUGCCAGAAACUUCUGCAGGAAGACAGCAGCUCCAGGAGCAUCCCCAAUGCGGUUUCGCAGCCCUCCAGAGGGAUGUCCCAAAUGCACUUAUUCAGUAUCCUUCUGCCUUUGGUGUUGUGCCUCCAGGGACCCUCAGCCCAGACUAUGGACUUCCUCGUUGAGAACUGGAAGGCCUAUAGCAAAGAAUGCUUUCACAACAUGAGUCUCCUGCCACCGCCUACUGAGCUGGUCUGCAACCGAACCUUUGACAAGUACUCAUGCUGGCCUGAUGCCCAGCCCAACACCACCGUCAGUGUUUCCUGCCCCUGGUUCCUGCCCUGGUAUGAUAAAGUGAAACAUGGCUACGUAUUCAAGAAGUGUGGUCCAGAUGGCCAAUGGGUGACAAGUCCUGAAGGGAAAUCGUUGCGGGAUGUCCGUCAGUGUAUGAUGGACAAUGAUACCAUCCUAGAACAAAACAAGUUUGCGAGGAUCUACGGCAGCUUCAAGGUGAUGUACACAGUGGGCUACUCGGUGUCACUCUGCGCCCUGCUCCUCGCCUUGGCUGUGUUACUAGGCUUCAGCAAGCUGCACUGCAUGCGCAACUACAUCCACAUGAACCUCUUCGCCUCCUUCAUCCUGAAGGGCAUCUCGGUGCUUAUCAUUGACACGCUGCUCAACACCCGCUACAACGAGAAGAUUGACGACUACAGCGUGCGGGUCUGGCUGAGUGACGAGGCAGCUGCAGGAUGCCGUGCAGCCACAGUGUUCAUGCAGUACGGCAUUGUGGCCAACUACUGCUGGCUGCUGGUGGAGGGGAUCUACCUCCAUAACUUGCUGGUUCUGGCUGUCUUCUCUGAACGGAGCUACUUCACCCUCUACCUCUGCAUCGGCUGGGGUGCCCCCAUUCUCUUCAUUGUGCCAUGGAUGGUAGUGAAAUUUCUUUAUGAAAAUAUUCAAUGCUGGAGCACCAACCACAAUAUGGGCUUCUGGUGGAUCCUGCGUUUCCCUGUGUUCCUUGCCAUCUUGAUCAAUUUCUUCAUUUUUAUCCGCAUCAUACAGAUCUUGGUCUCCAAGCUCCGUGCUCACCAGAUGCGCUACACAGACUACAAAUUCCGGCUGGCCAAGUCAACACUGACACUUAUCCCAUUGCUGGGUAUCCAUGAGGUGGUGUUUGCCUUUGUAACUGAUGAACAUGCCCAGGGCACACUGCGCUAUGUCAAGCUCUUCUUUGACCUCUUCCUCAGCUCCUUCCAGGGAAUGCUGGUCGCCAUUCUCUACUGCUUUGUGAACAAAGAGGUGCAGUCAGAGCUGAUAAAGAAAUGGACCCGCUGGAAGCUUGGCCGAGACAUAGAAGAGGAGUACAAGCACACGUACAGCCACACACCCAACGCUCGCAAUGGAGGCGGGAGCACCUGUGAGAAGCACAAGCUGGUUGGCAGCUACCUCAAUGGGCUAGGCCGCAGCCAAGGAACAGUGCACACCAGCACCCAGUAUCUCGAGCGGACAGGCUGCAGUGCCAGUGAGAACCUGGCACUAGGCGAGCGACCCCAUUGCUUUGAGUUCCCUGACAUGGCCGAGAGCAACUUCUGAAGCAGCUUAGCCACCUGCCCCACUCCUUGCCCCUGAGGCAAACACAGUGUGGCGAAAGAAGGGCAGAUGACAGCCCAGGACAUGGACUUGGAUACACUCAGUGGGACAUGUGAUUGGAAACUGUGCCCUUUCCCAAACUGCCUGGAGCUGGCAGGACUCCUCAAGAUCUUUUCCAUGUUUCCAUCAGCAAGACCCUGUGUGAAACUCGCAGCUCAGUCUGUCUGCAUGCAGUUUUUCAUGGGUGAACUUCACUGUGUGGGUCACAUGGAUGCCUUGUGCCAGCCUGGGCAUGAAAGAACCAAUCAAGCUCUGUUCAGGAAAGAAUGCUGUACCAUCUUUAAGGGCUCCGAAAGUCUUCAUUCGAUAUUGUGCCAUGGUCAGCAUUGAACAGCCUCCUGAAAAUCUCAGAUUUUUGUUUUUCGAAAGCUACGUUUUUAGCCCUCAAAAAGGCAGAGAAUGUGCUGACAAUUUUUGCUAAAUAGUUAGACGGUCUGUGCAAUUCUUUUUAGCUCAUUGGGUAUGACUUGUUCAGAGCUAUCAGCCAAUUCCUGUGUAUUUGUCAGACCCCUCUCCCCUCCAAAUCCUGAUCUCAUUCUGCAAAGAAAGCUUCCAAACAAAUGUUGAUGUAAAAUGUGCACAUUUAUCUGUAUUUGUCCAACAUGGCUCAGUAUCCCAACUACAGGCGAGGAAAUGUAACCCUUUUAAACACUUUCCCAUUGUUACCCAGUGCAGGCUGCGAACAUGAGAACCGGAAAACUAUUCUUUAGGUGAAUAUGGCGAUUGUCAGAGAAGGCCUCUCUGCUGUGCCAACAUCACCUUUCUAGGCUAGCAUGUGGGCAGGGAGACCUGAUAAGCCCCCCCCCCCCCCACACACACACACAGAGUGGUAUACUAACACCAUUGUGCAGUUUACCUGCUGAAAAUCACUAUCCUCUUAACUGUUGUUAUAUCUGUAAAUUUACACCUGCCACAAAAGCAGUUUGUGGAGGAUGAUUUUCAAUAGGAGCAUGAGGAUUAAAAAGCUCUGCUUCCCCCACCCAAUUCUAUUCUUCCCCUUUAAGUUGCAACUUCAGUGACUGUAUUGUUCAAAUUUUUUAAAGUGUGAAAAGAAUCAUGGAACAUGGAUAGUGCCUCCUUGGGUGCCGGCUUUCCAGAUACUCUUUUGCACACAUGGAAACAUAGCCUCUUGGCGAGGGGCUUCUUUACCUGCUGGGCACAUGGGAUGGUGAGUGGUCCCAUGCCUCUUGAAGGGGUCCUUGAUCAGUCACUAGCUCACUGGCCUUGGGAGAGGGGUAUACUGGAAAUGUAGUUACUGGCAUUGGGAAUGAACAAUGUUGCUGUGCUAUGUAUAUGCAAAGUGGUAAUGCUCAUUCAAAUAAGAACCAGCCAUCCUGUGUGUGGCAGUACUAUUGUGCCUGCAUUGUGGAUAUACUUGUUCCUUUUGCUCUGGAGCAACCUCUGUCUUGGGUGACUUUGUACAUCUGUAUGUGUAGGCAAUGCAAGCUCUGAAGGCUACCUACCACGUUUGUGUCUGUAUAUGUCUGUCAUUGUCAAUAAACCGAAAACCCCAAUAAAUUCUGCUAUAUGUCGUCCGGGCAAA